GCUCAUCGUCUGCAUGUCUGUGCCGUCAGUCCUACAAUGUCGAAGUCUGACCCCGAACAGAGCUCGGCCUCCGACACUGGGGCCAAGCCAACAGUAUGGCAACGCUUCCGGGCGCAUAUGAAGAAAUGGUGGUGGCUCUAUGGGAUUGCAGUCAUAUGCAUAUUUUUGGUGAUCUUCCUUCCUAUUAUCUACGUUGGAAUCCCACACUUCGCCGACGACUACAUUAAUAGUUACCAGUAUAAUGACACAGGCCUGUCCAUCACCAAUCCCCGACCCUCUGCCUUUCACGUGAGUCAGUCUCAGAAGAUCAGGAUUGGGGGUGGGCUUAGUGGAAGUGGACAUCUAUCGGCAUUUAAUGCGACAAUCAACACACCAGAUGGCCAGGUGUUGGCGGUCUUUCCGUUACCGGGCAUCGAGUUCAGCGACGGCGCCGAUCUGAACAUCGACCAAGAUCUGGAAUUGACCUGCGUCGAUUGCCUAUCAGAUAUGGCGGCUGCGUUGGCUACGAAUCACAGCAUCUCUAUGGUGGUCAAAGGGCAUCCGGACUUGAAAGUCGGUGCGCUGCCCACGGCUCAUCUAAACAUUGACAAGACGAUGAACAUGAACGGCUACGAUUUCACCGAAUUUGUGAAUAGCAACGGGGCCUUCAACAUCACCAGUGUGGAGCUCCUGACGCCCGGAGCGGAUGGAUAUAAUUUCAAUGCGACCGUCUCCCUCCGCAACCCAACACCCUUCUCGGUGCAAAUGGGACAUGUCGUAUUCAACCUGAGCAUGGGAGGAUCAUCAUUAGGCUAUAUCGAUAUGCCUGAUCUGAUGCUGAAUCAAGAUAUCAGUAGCGCGGUAGUCUUGGGCCAGGUCGACGAGUCAAUGCUUGUUCAAGAGGCGCUGCUGGGGGACGGUGAUAUUGGGACGGUAACCAUUGAUAUCCAAGGGUACAGCUGUCACUACAAUGGGCAAGCAAUCCCGUACUUCGCGGCGGCCAUCAAGGCCUCGUCUGCGUCAGUCACUGUGGAUCUGCUGAAAUAUGCAUCGAGCUUGUUUGAUUAG